AGCAGAUCAGUUGAUUGAAACUGGUUCUAACCGAGAUGCAGCACGAUUGCGUUCAAUUAGAGGUAAAGGAGCAGGAGCAUGGUUAGAUUCCAUUCCAUCUUCAGAGAAGUUUGCACUUUCAUCUGGCAAUUUUGUCUUGGCGGCUUCUCUCAGAUUGGGUCUACCUUUGUCUUUACCACCUUGGGCCACUAAAUGUGAAUGUGGAAAGUCACUAGAUGUCGAAGGAUACCAUUUACUAACAUGCAAAAUGGGUGGAGGCCCAGUUUGGUCUCACAAUUCUGUUGUUUUGUGCUGGUCUGAAUGCAUGAGCAGUCUACAAUGCCAGCAUCAAAUUGAACCAAAAGAUAGAUAUACAACAUCCAACAAUAGAGCAGACAUUGUUGUGUUUGACUCAACAUGUGGGGGAAAUGUCGAGCUUGAUGUGGCCCUUGCUCACCCCUGGAGCCAGGACAUUCUGCGAAGUGCAGCAACUACGGAUGGAGCUGCAGCAAGAAGAAGAGAAGACAUCAAACAUAACAAAUAUUCUCAAGAGCAGUUGCCUGGAGGGUACACUCCUACCCUUAUUCCACUAGUUUUCGAGCACUUUGGUGGGUGGGGAGAAGAAGCAUCAACGUUCCUCAAUAAACUUUCCAAACUAUAUAGAGAUGAAGAAGGAAGAAACAAUCCCUCAGAUUUUAAAACACAUUGGAGAAGACGCUUGUCAGUACAACUUCAGCGUUGCAAUGCCUCGGUGUUGGCUAGAAAGAUGAUCAGAGUAACAUAUGGACAGAAUACUGACCAGAGUUUAGAUGUUGUUCAACUUUCAAUUCAGUAAACUAAAUUUCGGUUUGUAGGCUCCGUAGGGGAGCUUUUUAAUGCUAAUUGUUAUUUGUGUAAUUGUAAUUGUAGUUGUGACACUUGUUGUUCAUUAGCUGUUACUUUAGUUUCACCUGUAUUAGCUUUGAUGUAUAAAAAUAUAUGAAAAUUUGACAGACAGACAGACAAACAGACAG